AUGGCACCCGGCGUCCUCAGAAUCCGCGCAGCAUGCUGCUCGAUCAUCAUCCCCGUCCGCAUCGCCCUCUGCGUUCCACUCCUCGUGGCUACUCUUGACGCGUACUCAUCCCCGCAUCCCGCCGCCCCCACAUCGAGUCCCCAUUCCCCAGCCUCGCCCCUACUCAACAACACAACGCCCCCAAACGCCGCCCCCGACGCACCGGACGGUAUAUUUCCUUCAGCGCAGCUGCUGCCCAUCGCCGCCGCGGAGACUGGGGAGUUCAGCGUGAUUUCAUUCCCACAAGGAGAAUCGCGCGCGCGCGCCCUUGCGCUCACGUUCUGCGCGCUUGCGGCCCUCCUGGGUCUGCUCAGCAUAAUAAGCACUUGGUGCUCCAGCGACGAACACGAUCCAGACUCUGCCGUGGAAUCAGAAUCCCAGUCGGAUGGCACGCCUAUGAGCGUACAGGCGAAGGAAUUCGCGGGGCGAACGAGUUCAGAUCCAGAUAGGUACGGGGCGGAGGCAGGCAAGGGCAUCUGGGGUUUGUUCCUUGGAGCGGCGACGCGUCUGCUGCUCGCCGCGCUCGGAACGACAGCCUUCAUUGAGGUUGUCCUCGAACGCCAACGCGCGGACUCUGCUCGUAGUCACAAUCCUGGUGCGUUCGCAGCGAUGAUGGGGCUCGGAUGGACUCUUGUGGCGACACUGUACCUAGGGGCUUUCUUGCGUAUCGUGGUACUCCUGUGCGACCCGGACGUGCAUCUUCGCCAACAGCAUCAGGAGCAGCUUAACGGAGCAGGUGUGGCGAGUGACGGCUAUGCAUACGGGUUAUGGAAGCGAUGGAGACGAAGUUCCAAUGAGAAACAGGUAGACACAGUGAUAUCGGAGAGAAGUUGA